AUGGAGACGUCCUCCUCGUGCAAAGCUCCGGCGAUGAUGAGGAGUAGUACGUCGCAGACGACGACUCGAGGAGGAGGAAGAAGAGCGAGAUCUGCUGAUUUUGCGAACCCGGCGCGUCGACAAAACGAUAUCGAUGAUGAUGAUGAUUCUAAUACGAAUAAUAAAAGAAAAUCCGUGCGCGCGAGGAGCUCGAGACGAAACGUCGGGGACAACGCGAACAUCGUGUAUUCUUUGGGACCAGAAAAGACAUCGAAGGAACCCACGAAAAUGUAUUAUCGACAACAGUGGCCAAACGAGUGCACGGAGAUCAUAUGCGAAGAUGGAUCGUCGGUGUAUUGCUUUUCGUAUGGCGGUGGUAAAGGCGUAGGAAGAGCAAACGCGCAGAGUUCAAAAGCAACCGCAAAAGGGGGAGAUUUUGUUGUUCAAUCAUCAUCAUCAUCAGAAGAAGAUUUAAACGCGCGCUUAAACGCAAUCACGAUGUCCUUUCGCGAGCAAAGAAAAACGACGACGAGUUUUUCAUCAUCGGUGACGACGAAGGAAAACAUCACGGAAACGAUGGUAAACGCGGCAAUUCAAGCGUCGUCGAAGAGAUCGCAAGAGUAUUGCGACGCGUACGCGGAGGAAGCGAUGAAAAAGUUACGAGAGGAGGAGGAAAAAGGACCUUCCGCGGCAGUCGCCAAAAACGAACCAGAAAAGGAAGACGAUAUGCAAGGGCGGUUGGACGCGAUCAUUCGCGAACACCGCAAAAAGCAAGAAGAAGUCCUGAAAUCGACUGCUUCUGCGUCGUCUUUGAUGGAAGUUACGCGCGAGGAGAAGGACGAAGAAGGCGACUUGUACGCUCGGUUGAACGCCAUCGCGGAGGAGUUCAGAGCGAAAAGAGGCGAAACAAGCAAACCAAACUUAUCGAUUCAAGGUAAGAAUGGAGGCAUGUCUGGUAUGGCGUCGUUCUAUUCCGCGCCUGGAUACGCUGGAUUUUCCUGGGUUGGAGAGGAAGACGUUGAAAUGGAAGACGACCACGACCACGACCACGACCACGAUAAUGAUCAUGAUAAUCACGGAGAAGAAACGCGAGGUGACCACUCCGGUCGAGUUGGAAAGACGUCGUUUUACUCCUCGGCUGGUUAUGCUUCGUUUGCAUACGCCGUUGACGCCGUUUGGGACGUGUUAGUCGUUCCUCCGACCUCCUCCUCCUCGUCCUCCUCGUCCUCGCCAAACGUCACAUCGAAAGAGUGGGGUCAGAAAAUCGGCGAGAACAACACGAUAUUCUCUACCUCUGGUAUCGCGUAUAAAUCAAAACCAGUCACGCAAUCAUCUUCUAGCAUCAUAGCUGAAUCCGUGAGCAGAGAGCAGACUGCGCAGAUUAAAAAAGCAUGGAAGCGCGUGGACGCGAGAUUUGAUUUGCCCGGGCCUCCGAACAUGUGGACUCGCAUGGACAACGAGGAAAAGUUUUUAGCGAUCGCCUUAUCCGUUGCAACGUGUAUCAUUUGCUAUCAAAAUGCACCGCCAGUUGUGAGAAAACCGGUCCAAGCGGCAACGUCGUCGGUGAAGAAGUUGGCGCAUAUUUCGCGCUCGACCCAACCUCCGGCUAUGCCCAUGACGAAGAAAGAGAAGAAAGCUGCACAAAAAGCCGCAGCUGCAAAAAAGAAAGCAAAAGUGGCAUCGAUUAAUCAGUCGAUCGGGGAGCUUUCCCGUGCUAAGAAACGCGCGGCGAGCAUGAUACCAGGCGAUGAUGUAGCUCCGGGACAAUUUCUUGCCAUCAUCCGAGGCGACGGCACCAUCGAUUACACGUUGCGAAACGUGUUUUUCCUCGUGACAUUUUCGUUUUUAGCUCGCAUUAUUAUGAAGCAAUACGAUCUCAAACCUUUCGGAGCAAUUAGCGGAGCAGCGCGCGCCAUUGGAUCAACCGCGAACGCGCUCGUCAACACGGGAUUCAAAGAUGAAGAAAAAUUCGCGGCCGAUAAAGAAGCGAUACGAAUUGCUGCUGAAAUCAAAGCCAAAAAAGCUGCCGAGAGAAAAGCAGAGAAAGAAUCGAAACGUCUUUUGAGCAGACAAAAGGAUCUCGACGAUGCUAAGAUUUCCGCCAUCGUUGACUCGAAACUGCAAACUAUUCGCCGCGAAAACGACGUUCUGUUGAACAAAGUGAGCAAGUUUUUCGAAAACGAAGAAAUUGAAAUGGUUGCGCAACUCAUGAAAGAGAAUGACGCCAAGAUUGAAGCCGUCGUCGCGCAGGUGAAAUAUGCAAAAGCCGAGCGAAACGCUUUUAAACGUCUCAUGGAGAACGAGAUGUACAAGGCGUCUUCCGCUGUCGCAAAUAGCACUACCUCCGCCAAGUCGGUAUCGGCACCGUCUCUUCCUUCUUUCUCCGGGCAAAAAGGCGCCAACUCGGACAACAUGGAAGUGAAGCAAUUCUAUGAGAAUAAGAUUGAAGAGAUUAAGAAGGAUGCUGAAAUUGCCAAGCACUCGUUCGCGUUCUUCAAGAAAGAAUACAUCGCCAAAGAAGACGCGAUGAAGAAAGACUUUGUCGAGAAGGAAAAGCAAACGGCGCUCGAGGUGAAGCAAAAAAUCGACGUUUUAUCUCAACAACUGAAAGAAAGCCAAGAAGAGUUUGAGAGAGCGCGUAAAGACGCGGAAAUUGCGUUGAAGCUCGCGUUGGAAAACGAAGACAGCGAGCGAUUGGAACAACUGGAGAAAGAUUUGAAGGCGUCGAAAGAGGCGCUCGCGAAAGAACGAGACACCAACGUAGUCGCGGCGCAAAAGAGAGAGGAAGAAGUGUUGGCCCGGAACAAACUCGAGCUCGACGCGAAACUCGCCGCGCUCGAAGAAGACUUCAAGCAACGAGAAGCAGCCAUGAAGUUAAAAGUCGACGCCGCCGAAGCGAAGGCGAAAGAGUUUGAGCGUAAAAACUUUCAAACCGUCUCCGAAAUGAAACUACAAUCGAACAAAGACGUCAACGACGCUUUAUCCUCCGCCCGAGCGAGUUUCGCCAAGGAAAAAGAAGAAUUGUUGCGAAAAGUAGAGGAAGAGAGGCUCCAAUCGAGAUUGGAAGUCCAACGCGAGAAGGAGGCUAUUCGACAAAAAAGCGACGAGUUAAUCGACGAAAUUGCUUUGGAGUUUAGACGCGAAAUCGAAACUCGAAGUUCUCGAUGA